AGAACAAAGCGAUGAUGGGCCUCAGAAUAAAGAAAGUCCGGGCAGUUCCAAGAACAGGUACUUGGGAAUUUGGUACAAGAACAUCCCCGUUAGAACUGUCGUUUGGGUGGCCAACAGACAAAGCCCAAUCAAAGAUUUGUCGGGCACAUUGAUGUUCAACAAAACAGGCAAUCUUGUUCUUGUCAGUCACAAAGAUGUUGUCGUUUGGUCAUCGAAUUCACUGAAACAAGUCCAGAAUCCAGUAGCACAGCUAUUAGAUUCUGGAAAUUUUAUCAUUAGAGAAGAGAGAGAAAGAAAUUCAGACAUUUUUGUCUGGCAGAGCUUUGAUUAUCCAUCUGAUACAUUGUUACCAGGCAUGAAGGUUGGAUGUGACUUGAGAAAUGGUCUCAACAGGCGGCUAUCUUCAUGGAAGAAUUCCGAAGACCCUUCACCUGGAGAACUACCUUAUGGGAUAGAACAUCCUCCAUAUCCUGAGGCACUGAAAAAUAAAUCUGUAAUCUCAAGGCUUGUUGUGAACCAAACCACCUCUGCACUAGAGCGCCCUGUUUGGAUUGAAUCUGAUCAGAUUUGGAAGCCAUAUUUCUCAUGGCCACAAGAUUAUUGUGACGAUUAUGAUCUAUGUGGUGCCAAUGGAAUUUGUGACCUCGGUGCCUCCCCUGUUUGCCAAUGUCUGCAAGGAUUCAAGCCAAAAUCACCAGAAAAAUGGAAAUCAAUGGACUGGUCACAGGGAUGCAUACGCAACGAGCCACUGAAUUGCCACAGUACCGAAGGCUUUCUUAAAUUUGUCGGCUUGAAAGUGCCAGAUACUGCUAAUUGUUGGGUGAACCAAAGUAUGAAUCUUAAUGAAUGCAGGGACAAGUGCUUAAAGAAUUGCUCUUGCAUGGCUUAUACAAACUUGGAUAUCAGAGAAAAUGGUAGUGGUUGUGCAAUUUGGAUUGGUGAUCUGAUUGAUAUCAGACAAUUCGCCACUGGCGGAGACAAUUUGUACAUAAGAAUGCCGGCUUCAAGCUUAGAAGGGACAAACAAUGGGACUACAGGGAAAUCGGAUCCUGGAGAAGCAAAAGAUGCUGAAAAUGGUCAUAGCGAAGAGAGCCCAAGUGAUCAAGGCUUGGAUUUACCAUCAUUUGACUUGGCUACAAUAUCUAUUGCUACUAAUAACUUUUCAACAAACAAUAAGCUUGGACAAGGUGGUUUUGGACCCGUUUACAAGGCAUGGAGAUUGUGGACAGAAGAGAGGGCAACUGAAUUGAUCGAUACAUUAGUCGAGUACUCGUGCAUUUAUCCUGAGAUAUUCAGAUCCAUCCAUGUGGGACUCUUGUGUGUGCAACAACAACCAGAGGAUCGACUGAACAUGUUUUCGGUGGUUCUAAUGUUGAGCGGCGAGAGCGUAUUGCCUCAGCCGAAGCAACCAGGUUUCUUGAUAGAAGUACAAAAUGAAGCUCAUCCCUCAUCAAGCAACAAUGAACGUUGUUCAGCCAAUGAGAUGACUGUUACGUUGUUGGAGGCUCGUUAG